GCAUCCAUUGCACUUUUAUCUUUCUUUUUUUUAUUAAAGAUCGACAAUGCGUUCUAUUUAACGCUUACACAUUCGUGAAAUUAUUUCAUCCUUGUUUACCAAAUAUUGAACAAGGGCAAAACGAUACUCGCAAGCAUUACAGCCAUUUUACUUUAAACGUAAAAGUGCAAGAAAGUGUAGCCAGAACGAGCAGAUCUGUUAAAUCAGCUGUUACUGUUGUAUAAUUGUUGGAACUAAACCGUGCUAAGUCGACUAAAUGUAGUGAUAAUUAAAAUGCAAAGUGCACGUCCUUUUAUUAUUUGCUUCCAAAUAUCUAGAUGUAUUAGUUCAUCUAGUAUGUGUUCAAAUUUAAAUAGAGAAAGUAGAUUUAUAAAAAAAAUAAUAAAUGGAAGUCAUAAAUCGAAAAGAAAGUGGUACGAAACCAAGACAGAAUUACGCAGUGCCAUGAACAUCAAUUUAACCGAUAAAAUUUCACCUUCCAUACAUGUCCAGCGCAGAAUGAUAAUUCGUGAUAAACUUUUCAUGCAGCAUAUAACAGAUAUGAUGUCGAUGGGACAAGUGUUUGACAUUAUAAAAGAAAACAUAGAGAUUACUCAUGUCAAAAUUACGCGAGAUUUUAAAUAUGUCAAUGUGUUCUAUAUACCUAGUAGCAAUUCCUCAGUUAAUCAGGAAGCAUUGCAGAAUUGCGCUAGAAUUAUUCGGCACGAGCUAUCACAGCUCCGUAUCAUAGGCAUAGUGCCGCCUAUUCAGUUUGUUGAAGACAAGCACUAUAUUAGAGAGAAGGAGGUUGAAAAGAGAUUAGCGAUGAUAAAUUUCGAAGAAACCAAUGAAAUUUUGUCUGAACAAAUGGAAUCGGAUAUAUUCGAUGUUAAUAGUGUCGAUCAGAUUUCGUACAAAAAAAAACCAGUUGUAAAUGAUGAUUCCAAGACAGAUGAAUUUUACAUCCAAUUGCCAAUAAUGAGACACGAUGUAUUAGGAUUGAAUCAUCAUUUAAUCAUGUCUCGGAUUACUAGUGCAGUGUCCAAGUCAAAGAAAGCUGAGCAAAGACGAAUAUGGAAUAUGAAUACUGAUACAGACAAAAGCGAUCCGGUCUCAAAAGAAGUUGAGAUCCUGACCCAGGAAGAGCAACGAAAGAUUUUCUCUGAUUUCCUAAUUAAAAGACGAAGGGAAACACGACGCAUGAACCGAUUAAAUAAUCAGAAAAAACUAUUAAAUAAGUGUGACUUAGAAGCGAUAAAUAAUGAAGAAUCUGAUUAUGAGGAUGAUAUUGAUGUCAACAACGAGAACGUCGACGACGAGAACUUCUAUGAUGACUAUAACGAUGACGAUGAUUUCCAGAAUGACAUGCGAAAAUGAUUUCAAAAACGAUAUUU